CGGGGGCAGGGAGGGGGGUAGGAAGGGGCCCCGGCGCCCGAUGAAGUCCCCCCGGGAUCGCGGACGGGGCGCUGUCCUCGGGGGGCCGUCGGGGGGUCCCCGACAUCCAUGGCAAAGCGGGGCCCGAGGCUACCGGCUCAGACCCCGCUGGACUCGGCCCUAGGGAACGGUGGCGAUGGGAGAGCCCCGGAUCUCGCACAGCCUUGCCUUGCUCCUCUGCUGCUCCGUGCUCAGCUCCGUCUACGCACUGGUGGAUGCCGAUGAUGUCAUAACCAAGGAGGAGCAGAUCAUCCUUCUGCGCAAUGCCCAAGCCCAGUGUGAGCAGCGAGUGAAGGAGGUCCUCAGGGUCUCUGAACUUGCUGAAUCAGCCAAAGACUGGAUGUCAAGGUCUGGAAAGACAAAGAAGGAGAAACCUGCAGAAAAACUUUAUUCCCAGGCAGAGGAGGCUGGGGAAGCUGAAGGGAGCCGGCUGCAAGAUGGCUUCUGCCUACCCGAGUGGGAUAACAUUCUGUGCUGGCCUGCCGGAGUGCCAGGCAAGGUGGUGGCCGUGCCCUGUCCUGACUACAUCUACGACUUCAACCACAAAGGCCGAGCCUAUCGGCGCUGUGACAGCAAUGGCAGCUGGGAGCUGGUGCCUGGGAACAACCGGACAUGGGCGAAUUACAGCGAGUGUGUCAAGUUUCUGACCAACGAGACCCGGGAGCGGGAAGUCUUCGAUCGCCUUGGAAUGAUUUAUACUGUGGGCUACUCCAUCUCUCUGGGCUCCCUCACCGUGGCUGUGCUGAUCCUGGGUUAUUUUAGGAGGCUACAUUGCACCCGGAACUACAUUCAUAUGCACCUCUUUGUGUCCUUCAUGCUCCGGGCUGUAAGCAUCUUCAUCAAGGAUGCUGUGCUCUACUCGGGUAUUUCCCCAGAUGAAAUCGAGCGCAUCACUGAGGAGGAGCUGAGGGCCUUCACGGAGCCUCCCCCUGCUGAUAAGGCGGGUUUUGUGGGCUGCAGAGUCGCUGUAACCGUCUUCCUUUACUUCCUGACCACCAACUACUACUGGAUCCUGGUGGAAGGCCUGUACCUUCACAGCCUCAUCUUCAUGGCUUUUUUCUCUGAGAAAAAGUAUCUCUGGGGUUUCACAUUAUUCGGCUGGGGCCUCCCUGCCGUGUUUGUCGCUGUGUGGGUGACCGUGAGGGCCACACUGGCCAACACUGAGUGCUGGGACCUGAGUUCGGGGAAUAAGAAAUGGAUCAUACAGGUGCCCAUCCUGGCAGCUAUUGUGGUGAACUUUAUUCUUUUUAUCAAUAUAAUCAGAGUACUGGCUACUAAACUCCGGGAGACCAAUGCAGGGAGAUGUGAUACAAGGCAACAGUACAGAAAGCUGCUGAAGUCCACACUAGUGCUCAUGCCUCUGUUUGGGGUGCACUACAUCGUCUUCAUGGCCACACCGUACACAGAAGUAUCAGGGAUUCUUUGGCAAGUCCAAAUGCACUAUGAAAUGCUCUUCAAUUCAUUCCAGGGAUUUUUCGUUGCCAUAAUAUACUGUUUCUGCAAUGGAGAGGUACAAGCAGAGAUCAAGAAGUCAUGGAGCCGAUGGACCCUGGCCUUAGACUUCAAGCGGAAGGCCCGCAGUGGCAGCAGCACCUACGUUAAGUCUUGCCCAUGGUCACCCACCUAUCAGAUCGCGUCACCAUGGACCCCAGUGCUCCUUUAUCCAUCAGCACUCGACUGA